UAUAACACGCACCGUCAUUUUACCAAGGAUCUGGGAUCACUAGUCAUUGCGUGACUUGUCAUUGAGCCUCGCAGCGCAUAGCAACGACGCAUAGACGCCACACCGGAGCCAGAAGCAGCGCGGACCCGAUCCCGGCAACAGAAUUGGAGAGCAGUACUAUAAAGAUGCCAUGGAGCAGUGCCACAAUUACAACGCACGGUUAUGUGCAGAACGCAGUGUUCGUAUGCCGUUCCUGGAUUCUCAGACAGGUGUAGCCCAGAGCAACUGUUAUAUAUGGAUGGAGAAAAGACAUCGGGGCCCAGGUUCAGCACCAGGACAGCUGUAUACAUAUCCCUCUCGUCGCUGGCGCAAGAGAAGGAGGGCACAUCCUCCUGAAGACCCUAGGCUUUCUUUCCCCUCUCUUAAACCAGACCCUGAGCAGAUUCUGAAGAAAGAAGGCUUUAUACCACAAGAUGGCAGCAGCCUAGAAGCUCUUCUGCGGUCAGACCCUAUUGAGAAGAGAAUUAUUCCUGACCCCCGAGAUGAUGACAGCCUCACAGAAUUCCCCCCUGUUGUCGGCCGAGCACGGAAGCGUAUAUUGGAUCCUGAUGAUUUUUUGGAUGACCUUGAUGAUGAAGAUUAUGAAGAGGAUACACCUAAAAGGCGUGGAAAGGGCAAAGCAAAGGGGAAAGGUUUGGGCAGUGCCAGGAAGAAGCUUGAUGCUGCAGCUCUGGAUGAAAGGGAUAAGCCAUAUGCCUGUGAUAACAGUUACAAACUAAAGCAAACUUCGAAAUUCUCCGAAAGAGUCUGUGGAAAGCGUUACAAAAACCGACCUGGUCUGAGCUAUCACUAUGCACACUCCCAUUUGGUGGAUGAAGAAGGGGCCGGGGCAGAGGACAAAGAAGAUUCACAGCCUCCCACCCCUAUAAUGCAUAGACCAGAGGAGCAAAAGAGUAAGUCAACCAAGAGAGGCCCGGAUGGUCUUGCAUUGCCCAACAAUUACUGUGACUUUUGUCUUGGAGAUUCGAAGAUCAACAAGAAAACGAGCCAGCCAGAAGAGCUGGUAUCUUGCUCAGACUGCGGUCGCUCGGGGCACCCCUCCUGUUUGCAGUUUACACCCGUGAUGAUGGCGGCAGUAAAGACGUACCGCUGGCAAUGCAUUGAGUGCAAGUGCUGCAACAUUUGUGGAACUUCGGAAAAUGAUGACCAGUUGCUGUUCUGUGAUGACUGCGAUAGAGGAUAUCAUAUGUACUGCCUAUCUCCUCCGAUGGCCGAGCCUCCUGAGGGAAGCUGGAGUUGUCAUUUGUGCCUGGCUCUUCUUAAAGACAAAGCUUCUAUUUAUCAGAACCAAAACUCCUGACAUUUUACUCAAAUAGACAAUACAGGGUGAGGAACACUGCGGAGCUUGUGGACCUGAUCUUUCACCACUUUAUGGAAUAAAGCAGAUUUUUUUUUUUUUAAUGUUUCCUAAUCCACAAAUUGUGUAUAUGCAUGUGUGCCCUCACAUAAAUAUGCACAGUGUGUCCUUUGACUGUCACCGUUCUUUGACAAUAUAUUGGGUUAUUAGUAGACUUAAAGUAUUCAGUCUUAUUAAAUGAACCUUUUAACUGCUGGAAAAUCUCAUGUGACUGAGAAUCUCCAUAUAAAAACACCAUCUGUUCAAACCUACAAGCACUGGAAAACAACACGUGAGCAGGUGAUCCCAGGUUUACCUGCGUUCUAGUAUAGAUGUUAGAGGUGUAAAAUGCUGGCGCAUACGGAAAAUGUAUGUAGAUCCUUAACUCAGACUCUCUUAGGUACAUCAACACAUACCGUAUGGUGUUUUCCUUCCCUGGGGCUAUCUGGCGUAAAUGGGAAGAGUGAAUUCUUGUGUAUGACUAUUCUUUACUAAUUUAUCAAAAGCUGUCAGCCUCUUCCCGAAAAAUACAACCUUCCAGUGCCAUAUCUGCUGCAUCUCCUGGGCCUGGAACCCACCCUUUUAUUGCUUACUAAAUGCUUACAACAUUUAAAGAAGUUGCAAUAUUCAUUAUUUUUCUAGAGUAUACAUAUAUAUUUUUUUAAAUACCUGGAUUAAAGGGGAAGUGGCUGAUGGGCAUUUAGAUCUAUAGUCCCAUGUCAGUAUCCAGUGAUCAGUAUAGCAUAGGAAAUUUUAACUUAAAGAAAAAUAAAAUAAUCAUUGUAUUUAGCAAACUUGAUAUCAUUUUUUUUUUGUAUCUUGGUGAACAAGUUAUGAAUUGUACUCGUGUCAAAAUGUUUGAGAACUCUUGCUUCAUGUUGCAUGUUCACCAGAAUAAGUGGCAUCUAGCACGUUUGUGGGCUGUUAGGGAGCGAGUGUCGCAUUAGACCUCUCACUUGACUCCGUGGAAAUAAAGGGAAUCUAUUGUGAAACAAAGAAUAUAUUUUGUAAUGUCAGUUUACUUUAGUAAAACAAAUUCAA